GAGGAAUGCAUGAAUGACUGGGAGAGUUGGGACUGGAAUGGGGGUCCUUCCUUUCCCUGGGAGUCGGGUGGCAGAUAAAUUUAAUAAAUUAUAAGUUUAAUAAAUUAUUAUGGUUGGUUUUGCACAGUCAGCCAGUUAAAUUCGGCCUGUAUUUGGCAUUUUUACCCAAUUAUGGAGACCUUCCCAAGGACCUGGGAUAGGCAGAUGUGGAUAUUUGGUGGUGUUUAAAGGUAUUGGCGCAGGAUGUAAGCUGCUCCCAAGCUGCCUUUUGCAAUUGACUGAUGGGGAUUUCGUCAAUGCUGUUGGUGUUCAAGUGCUGCUCCAUUGUGUUGGGAUUGCACCAAGGGCGCCCUAUUAUUAUUUCUACUACUUUUGCUUUCUUUUGCCAGGAUCAUUCUCCUUCAAUUUGCAGAUCAGGUCGGAACUAGAACUCUCCGACUCCUGGCGAUUGACCCAAAGUCAUCCAGUUGGCUUUCAUGCCUAAGCAACCCUGUCAGAUCGCUUAGGUCAGCGGUUCUCAACCUGUGGGUCGCGACCCCGUUGGGGGGUCGAAUGACGAUUUGCCAGAGGUCGCCUAAGACCAUCGAAAAUAUGGGAAGUAUACUUGCGAGUCGAAGAAUCGCGAAUCGCGCUCCAAUGGGUCUGGAUGGGGACGAACAGACUUCGACUCAACCCAUCCAAGACGGAGUGGCUGUGGAUGCCGGCGUCCCGGUACAGUCAGCUAGUUCCGUCGCUGACUGUGGGGGGCGAGUCACUGGCCCCCAGGGAGUUGGUUCGCAGCUUAGGCGUUCUCCUGGAUGCACGGCUGUCGUUGGAAGAACACUUGACGGCCGUUGCCAGGGGAGCUUUUUAUCAGGUUCGCCUGAUCCGCCAACUGCGUCCCUUCCUGGACCGGGAUUCGUUAUGCACGGUCACUCAUGCCCUCGUUACUUCCCGCCUGGAUUACUGCAAUGCUCUCUACAUGGGGCUCCCCUUAAAGAGCACCAGGAGACUUCAACUGGUACAGAAUGCGGCUGCGCGGGGGAUAGAGGGAGCGUCUCGGAGCUUCCAUAUAACACCUCUCCUACGCAAGCUGCACUGGUUGCCAGUGGUCUUCUGCGUGCAAUUCAAGGUGUUGGUGAUCACCUUUAAAGCGCUCCAUGGCAUAGGACCAGGUUACUUACGGGACCGCCUACUGCCGCCAAUAGCCUCCCAUCGACCUGUGCGCUCUCACAGGGAGGGUCUCCUCGGGGUGCCGUCAGCUAAACAAUGUCGGCUGGCGGGCCCCAGGGGAAGAGCCUUCUCUGUUGGGGCACCUACCCUAUGGAACGAACUGCCUCUGGGGCUACGCCUUCUUUCCGACCUCCGGGCCUUUAAGCGCGAGCUCAAGACUUUUUUGUUUCAACGAGCAGGGUUGGCCUAAGAGUAAUUUUUAAUUGAGUGGUUUUAUUUCUUGUUAUUUUAAUAUUCGGCCUUAUGGUUUCAGAUUUUUAAAUUUCAAAUAUUGUGUUUUAAUUUUUGUAUAUGUCUUUUUAACUUGGCUGUAAACCGCCCUGAG